CACCGUAAAGCUGAAUGCCGUAUUCCAGUGUGUGUUUGUUGUGUGGAGCUGGGAAGAGCAGCAGGAUGACGUUUCAUGUUAAUAUUUUGGCAUUUUUCUUACUUUUUGUGGGGAAAUAUACAUUUGGACUUCAGGAUGUGACGACCGUGCUUUUCGGUGGUGAAAAUUACGGCUCGGUGGCAGCGUUUGGAGAUUUUAACUCGGAUAAACAGACAGACAUUUUUCUUAUCAGACAACGCUCUGAACUAAUCAUAUUAUUGGCUGACCUGAAAGCUCCGUAUUUCAAGCCUAAAGUUCGCAUCACCAAAGAUGAUCUGUCACCUGAUACUGUCAUCACCAGUGCAGUUCCUGGAGACUAUGAUGGAGACUCUCAGAUGGAUGUUCUUCUUACAGCUGAGAUCAAAUCCAAGAAAACAGCUGUUUUCAUAUUUUGGGGAAACAACAACACACUAGAUAGGAGUGAGUGGCUCAAGUUGAACAAGACGUUUACAGAUCAACCGCUUGUUAUGGAUUUCAAUGGAGACAUGAUUCCUGAUGUUUUUGGUGUCACCAAGGAGACAGUCACUGAAGUCUGCUAUCUCAAAGCACGGGUCGAAAAGUGGCAGAAUGCACUGAGUUCACCUGUUGCUAUGCGCAUCCCACACUCCAAUGCUUUCAUUGACCUCAACAUGGACUUCACUGCUGAUUUGUUCCUGACAAUUCAAGGGUCGAAGUUUGAGACCUGGAUCAGCAAGGAUGGUAACUUCAGCAGGAUGGACAUCUUUGCAGCUGAAUCACCGGGGAAGACCAUCGGACAGUCUUCCUUUGUUGAUUUCGAUGGUGACGGUUACCAGGACCACCUCCUACCUGUGUGUUUGGACGAUGCCUGUCGACGCUGUGCCAUUUACCUCGCCAAGUAUGGCCAGAAAGAGUGGAUUCCAGUGCUGUCAGAUUUCAAGCAGAGGGACACCUUAUGGGCGUUUGUACCAGGGAAACCCGGCCAACCUCUGACUCUUCACCUGGGGGACUACAACCUGGAUGGCUUCCCCGAUGGUCUCGUGAUCCUCCGCAACACCAAUAGCAGCGAUCAGCAGGCCUUCCUGUUGGAGAAUGUACCAUGUAACAGCGCUAGUUGCCAUAACGUAGGGAGAAUGUUCCGCAUCCACUGGGACCAAUCAGAUUUGGGAGCCAUUCCAAAUGCUGUCAUGGCAACAUUCUUUGACAUCUACGAGGAUGGAAUAUUAGACAUGCUGGUUCUAAGCCAGAAAGAGGGCAAAGACUUGAUCAUCCAUGCUCUGAAGAACAACUUUGAAGCUGAUGCCUACUUUGUUAAAGUAAUGGUGCUCAGUGGCCUGUGCUUCAACGACUGCCCAGAAGGAGUCAAGCCAUUUGGUGUGAACCAGCCAGGACCCUAUGUGAUGUACACCACAGUGGACUCCAACGGCUACCUGAAGAAUGCCUCAGCCGGGCAAUUGAGCCAGUCGGCUCACUUUGCCCUUCACCUUCCUUACACUGUGCUGGGCCUUGGACGCAGUGCCAACUUCUUGGACCAUCUUUACGUUGGAAUCCCUCGGCUGCCUGGAGAGACGGAUAUAAGGAAGCAGGAGUGGACGGCCAUCAUUCCCAACUCGCAGCUUAUUGUCAUCCCCUAUCCGCACAACAAGCCCCGCAGUUGGAGCGCCAAGCUGUACCUGACACCGAGCAACAGCGUAUUGCUGACAGCUAUCGCGCUGAUCGGUGUGUGCGCCUUCAUCCUCGUCAUUAUCGGCAUCCUCCACUGGCAGGAGAAGAAAGCGGACGACCGAGAGAAGAGACAGGAAGCCCACCGUUUCCAUUUUGAUGCCAUGUGAAGAAAAGUACUGCUGCAUCAUGGGAGUUGCCUUUCAUCUUCCUGAUUUAACCCCACGCCGCCCCACCUCUGCGCACACAUGACAAUUUUUACUCCUUUUUUCAGUGGCCCGAUGAACCGAUCAUCGUUUGCCUCAAAAUGAUUCUUUUAGAUAUUUCUCAGUCCUGCAUUUGGAUCUAAAAUAUUUAUCUGUCAUUUCAUUUAUUUAUUUCACUGUUAGAACUACAGGAGUCGUUACAGGGCCACAGAGAUGUCGAGA